AUGGCCAAGAACCAGCCUCCAGCCAUAGUCCGGCUACCGCCAGCCGUCAAGACCGCUUCUGCUAGGAGACCCGUCCCCUGCAACAAUGCAGUUCUAUCUCAGCCUACCAUGCCCAAACGUCCUGCUGCCCCUACCCAGCGUCCCGUCGGCCUCCCUGAACACCCCAAAAUCCCACAAAAGCACCCUUCACGGCCUACUCUACCGCCUCCCAACCGUCCUCUCCCAGACCUUCCUCGCCCGAGCCGGCUCCCUACAGCACAGCCAACUAAGAAACCAGUCGGAUACAAACCUGUCCCUCCUCCAAAAGCCACACCUAGACCUUCUGUUGUCAAGAAGCAACCCACGCCGAACAAAGGCAUGCAAAUGGAUGAUGUAAAACGCAUCCAACAGGCUGCAUAUGCCCGAGGCCAGAAGGAUGGGCGGAAAACCGGGCAAGCCAAGGGAUACCAGGCGGGAGAUAGGCAUGGUCGAAAGGUCGGUCAAGAAGCUGGAAACCGCCAAGGUUUCAGCAAAGGGCAGAAGCAGGGUUACACACAAGGACACAAGAGUGGUCAUGCCUCGGGACAAACACAAGGCUACGCCAAGGGCCAGGCUACAGGCCAAAAUCAAGGAUACAACGCUGGACGUGCAAGUGGUCAUUUUGAGAGCCGGAAACAAGGCUCUGCACAAGGCCAGAGCCAAGGCUUCGAUGCCGGACAGAGAAGAGGCCAUGUUUCAGGGCACAGGCAAGGCUACUACUAUCAAGGUCAACACGCUGGCUAUUCUCAAGGUGAACAUUUAGGUUAUCACCAUGGAUACCAACAAAGGCGCGAUGAAGAGCAUGGCAACAAUACGACAGCCGUUGCAGGCGGUGUAGCAGCCGGCGCAAUGCUUGGUGGAACCUUCAUGUAUCUGGGUCACGAGGCACUGGACCCCGAUGGACUCUCACAGGUCACCGAGGAAACAGAAAGCAUCAGCACCGAGAUGGAAAUGAGCGACGAUGACUUCGCUCCAGGCGAGCCAGUUGAGGAUGAAGACUGGUAUGAGAGACACAGAGCGGGCUGGGACAGUGAUGAGGCCUAUGCCAGACCCUAUGAGGGGGUUGCAGGGCAUAGAGACGAAGGCUUCUAUGAGGGUGGAGGUUACAUUGGUGGAUAUGAGGGGAGUGAUGGAUAUGACACGAACCAGGACGUCAGAGACGACAGCCAGGUUCACCUGAGUCAGGAGUAUGAAGCCAACAAGGGAGGCUUUACAAGAGGUGAGCAUUCUGGAAGUGCUGAUGAUUUUCAUGAAAAACGUCGGGGAGAGGAAGAUUGUCGCGAGUGCGACGAUUGUUGUGGGUGUGGUGACUCUUGGUUUUGUGUGGGCGGAAAUAACAAGAAGGAUAACGGCGGCUGUGCAAUUAUUUUCCCCGAUAAUAUUUUUCCUCCUAAGGGCUAA